AGCGAGCGAGAGAGUGAGAGAGCGAGCUCCCGAGGCUGAGGCCGAGGCGGCGCGGACUGGAGCAGGCAGGAAGGGAGGGGAGGAGAGGAGAGGAGAGGAGAGGAGAGCGAAAGGGGGCGCGGGUGCGGAUGGUCGUGCGCGGCCCCGCUCCGUUCCGGCAGGUGUCAAGAACGUUGCAAAUCAAAUUGAGGGGCGGGGUGGGAGGCGCGGACAGGAUCCGGUGGGAAUUCGGGCUCGGGGUCGUCGUCGCCGUGCUCCGAAUGCGGCCUCCCUGGGCUGGAGCUCGGACACAGUCACGCUUGAGCGCGCACGAUCGGCUUUUAAUCCUUGAGGUCGGACGAGAAGGAAGGAAGGAACGCAUCGGCGACGAAAACGCAGGAGGGCUCCGGGAGCAGAAGCACCGCGAGCGAGCGAGGGAGGCUUCGAGUGAGGCAAUCGCGAGUUGGGAGAGGUCGGAAUUGGGUGGAGCUUUAGACCACGCAAUCUUGUGACUUUCGGCCUCUUCGUUCGUCGUCGAUUGAUCGUAGAAGUGGAGCUUGGGCGUGAGUCCGUGUCGGACGUAGUAGGUGUAGAUUGUUGGCAAGAAGUACUCGUUCCGGUAUGCCACUGACGGGAUCGUAGAUUAGUAUGCGCGUACGUGGAAUUUGGGUCCACCGACCUCUCUCAAAGGCUGAGAGAAAUGUCGUAGCGCAGCUCUGGAUCGACUACAGAGCAUAUACUAUGGCUGUAGUGCUAGUAGCUCUUGACGAGCUAGCACUGGCGUAGGGAGAGUCUUUGUGGAGCUUCACUAGGGAAGAUUUGUUGUGAAAUCGGUCACCAUGGCUGCGGCUCCUGAGGAGCAAGCGCCGUCAGCAGCAGCAGCAGCAGCACCUCAAGCACCUCCAGCACCCCCAGCACCUCCACCGCCGCAGGCUGACGAGAUAUCUAGCAGCAAAGCGCAGGCGUCUGGAAGUAGUGAUAGUGUUGCGCAGGGUCUGACCUCCGACUGGAAAUGGGUUAAUCAGAAGGAGCUACAGACGUUAGUCACCAGAGCGGCAGAUGGAUCGGGAGUUGAAUUGGCAGCCAAGUCGUCCUCGUCUGCGGCCGAGGGUGAAUCGGCAGGGACCUUCGUGAGAGUGGUGACGGAAAAUGGGGCUGAAUUUGAAGGAAAUCUUUCGAACGCCGGAGGAAGUAGGCAGAUUGCUCACAUUUUGCUCACGCCAGGCGCUUCCCCUCCACCUCUUCCCGAUGACAGUUCGAAGGGUAAAUGGGAGGCAGGGAAGAAGAAGAGGAUAGUAAGCGAUGAGGAGUUCGAUGACGUGGAUCUAGAGAAGGGCUUAGGCACUUCGGGAACAGGGGUUGAUAAAAACGCAGUGCAAAAAGGCACAGUGCUUGAGUAUGAGGGAGCCGAGGAGACGGUCUGUCGCGUGUGUCACUUCAAUUUGGGCCCCAGCAAGGAGUCGCUUAUGGAUCUCGGAUGUUCUUGCAAACGCGAUUUAUCUCACGCUCACCGAGAAUGCGCCGAGACUUGGUUUCGAGUCAGAGGCAACCGGAAGUGCGAAAUUUGUGGUGAGAUUGCGCAGAACGUACACUUAGCCGAGGCUACCCCUGGCACCAGCACAGGAGACACAACAACAAUCACUGUCGUCACCGUUCAUCAUCGAUAUGCGUGCCAAAACAAGCCUGUCCGCGUCCUACUGGCGUUUCUCGUAGCUGCCUUCCUGGUGCCCUGGCUAUUUCGAUUUGCGUACAAACAAUAGUUUCCUCCAACUCUUCUCUCCCCCAGUGAUCUUCGAGAAUCUUGACUCAUAUCUGUAGUGAUAAAUAAGGGAAGAUCCGAUUCAUCAAAUUGAUUGAUUGAUUGAUUGAUUCUUUGGGCAGACAAGGGUAUCAGACCUGGCACCCGUUUUGUAAGUGAAUUCUGCUAGACGCAAGACGUCUCACAGAUAAAUCAAAGCCUUAGGACGUUGGAUUGGCCAGCACGAUACCCACACCUACAAUCGUAGAAAGUUUGCUUGUCACAUAUACGAGAGAAAUAUCAAAGAUUUACACAUAAACCGGUUGAGGAAGAUCAGCUGACCGAUUGUGUAACGAAUGUACUACAUUAGUUGCUUCCUUUAUCUGACAGACUGAUUUCGUGAGCCCACUUUAAGGAGUAUCGACUGAGUUACAUUGUACAAUCUAAAUUAGAAUUCUUCACAAUAUACAUCUUCACUUAGAAUCAGUCGCUCCUGGCCGGCAGCCCAUGUAUUCAACUGUAGAUACUCAUCCCAAUCACAAUUGAGACUGCCCCGUCCACGAAUCAUUGUUUCAUUAUUUAUUUAUGGAGAUUUCCAUACAUCACCUUCUCAGU